UUAGAAGAAGAAGAAGGAACUUCCGAUUAGAGUCUAAGCUAAAUGGAUACAUGACACAGUUGUUUGGGAGAAAAGCUAUCUUCAGGCAAAUCGUUAACGUCUACAAAACUACCGCCGUGGUUUUGGUAUCGUACCGGCUGAUAGUGCCGUGUAAAGUCGGCCGCGAUGGAAGCGGUUCCCCGGAUGCCGAUGAUCUGGCUGGAUCUAAAGGAGGCAGGGGAGUUCCAGUUCAGUCCGUCCGUCAGGCAGUUCAUCUUGAAGAACUAUGGAGAGAAUCCAGACAACUACAACGAGCAGCUAAAGAAACUGGAGACUUUACGGCAGAGCGCAGUGAAUGUGACGAGGGAUUUUGAGGGAUGCAGCACGUUGAGGAAGUACUUCGGCCAACUGCAUUAUGUCCAGAGCCGCGUACCCAUGGGAACGGGCCAGGAGGCCGCUGUACCCAUUUCAUGGACUGAAAUUUUCUCUGGAAAAACAGUCACCCAUGAUGACAUCAGCUAUGAGCAAGCCUGCAUCCUCUACAAUCUUGGGGCCCUGCACUCCAUGUUGGGAGCCAUGGACAACCGGGUGUCCGAGGAGGGGAUGAAGGUGUCGUGCACACACUUCCAGUGCUCGGCGGGAGCUUUCUCCUACCUGAGAGACCAUUUCAGCCACAACUUUAGCGUAGACAUGAGCCACCAGAUCCUUAACCUCAAUAUCAACCUUAUGUUGGGCCAGGCUCAGGAGUGUCUUCUGGAGAAAUCCAUGCUGGACAACAGGAAGAGUUUCUUGGUUGCCCGCAUCAGUGCUCAGGUGGUGGAUUACUAUAAAGAGGCCUGCAGGGCUCUGGAGAACUCGGAGACAGCCUCCAUGCUGGGAAAGAUCCAGAAGGACUGGAAGAAACUGGUCCAGAUGAAGAUCUACUACUUUGCUGCUAUUGCACAUCUUCAUAUGGGAAAACAGGCUGAGGAGCAGCAGAAGUACGGAGAGCGGCUGGCGUACCUGCAGAGCUCCUUGGAUAAACUCAAUGAAGCCAUCAAACUGGCCAAGGGUCAACCUGACAGUGUGCAAGAUGCCUUGAGAUUCUCCAUGGAUGUCAUCGGUGGAAAGUUCAGCUCAGCCAAAAAGGAUAAUGACUUCAUCUAUCAUGAGACGGUUCCUUCUCUGGAGACUCUGCCCUCAGUCAAAGGGGCCCCGCUGGUGAAAGCUCUGCCAGUCAACCCUACUGACCCCAGUGUCACUGGACCGGACCUGUUUGCUAAACUGGUGCCUAUGGCUGCCCAUGAGGCCUCAUCUCUCUACAGUGAGGAGAAGGCCAAGCUGCUGAGAGAUGUCAUUGCCAAAAUCGAGAACAAGAAUGAAACAUUAGAGCAGUUCAUGGACUCUCUGGGCUUGGAACCAGAGUCUGUAGACAACCUGGACAUGUACAGUCACAUCCCUCCUGUGCUGAUGGAGAAGUGUGCUGCUCUCAGCGUCCGACCCGACACUGUCAAGAGCCUCAUCCAGUCCAUGCAGGUGCUCUCGGGCGUCUUCACUGACGUGGAGUCUUCCCUGAAGGAGAUCAGAGACGUCCUAGAGGCAGACGAGGCCGGAGAACGAGCCCUCAAAGAGGUUGGCAGCCCUGCUGCAGGUGAGGUACACCCAGCAGCACAGGGCCAGGCUCUGGCUGAGAUCCGCAGGGACUUGGAGAAAUACAUGGAAGCCCAUGAGAAGGCCAGUUUCACCAACACAGAGCUCCACCGGGCCAUGAACCUGCACAUCAGCAACCUGCGUCUGCUGGGGGGGCCACUGGAACGUCUGAGAGAGGCCCUGCCCCGGCCCGAACUCAGUGAAGAGGAAGUAGCAGGGCUGCAGUGUAUGAAGCGGAUCCUGGGGAAGGUGCAGGAGAUGAGGGAACAGAGAAACUCUUUGGAGAAACAGCUCCGUGACCUCAUCCAGCAAGAUGACAUCACUGCCACCCUCGUCACCACAGAAAGGGCCGACAUGAAGCAUAUAUUUGAGGAGCAGCUGAAGAAGUAUGAGCAGGUGAAGGUGUACAUUGACCAGAAUCUGGCAGCUCAGGAGAACAUCCUGAAGGCCCUGACAGAGGCUAACGUCCAGUAUGCCUCAGUUCGUAAGAGUCUGAGCCAGACUGAGCAACAGUGGAACAGCACCGUCCAGGGACUGGUGGGCUCGUAUGAAGCCUACGAGGACCUGAUGAAGAAGUCACAGGAGGGGAAGGAGUUCUACGAUGACCUGGAGGCCAAAGCGUCACGUCUGCUGGAGAGAGCGAAGGCCCUGAGUCAGACCAGGGCAGAGGAGAGAAAGCCCAUCCUGGAAAAAGAGAGCCACAAGAAGCCCCCAGCACGCCCCACAGCAGCUAAACCCUCCUUAAAGCCACAGGAUGUCGACUCUGCCUGCUCUAGCCUGGAGGACCCGGAGUUGGCCCAACUCAGUGCAGCCAUCUUGGCCUUGGGGGGUGACCUGCCGGAGGACCUCUGCAGUCUCCCCCCUGACAUUCCUUCCCUACCUACUACAGCUACUCGUCUGCCUGGCCCUGAAGCCUUCGUCCCCCCUGGAGCGAACCUGGGCGGCAGAAGCUCUUUGCCUUGGCCUGGUGCGCCAUCUGCUGCUCUUUCUGGCUUCCCUGCCAACCUGCCACCUCCAGAGCUCCUGGCACGUAUAGCUCACUUUCCUACUUCAGGGGCUUUCGCAGCACAGGGACCCCUACCACGCGUGCCCCUCCAUCAGAUGCCUCCACAAAUGCCAACCCAGCCAGUGGUGUCAGGUUAUCGGCUACCCCCUCCUCAAGCACCCCAACCCGGUCCUGUUGCCCCUACACCGGUCCGGCCCUCGACCACCACUGUGAACAGCAUCCAGGCCCCCAUCCCCAGCUAUGCACCCACACCACACCACCCUGUCCCACCUGCAUCCUCAACUGGCUACACUGUAACCCCACAGAUGGGGACCUACACCCAUUUUAUGCCCCAGCAGGGGAUGGCAAUUCAAGGCCCAGGCCAAAGUUCUGCAUCCCAGCAACAGAAGCACUCGCAGCCGUACCCCCAGCCCAUUGGGCAAAUGCUGCCUCAGGGGUACCAGCCUGGACAAAGGGCUAUCCCUGGCCCUCACCCUCCUCUCCAGACCCAGCAGGCCUGUCCACAUGGAUAUAUGCCUCAGCCUGGUGUUCCUCCCCAGUAUCAGCAGGCAUUUCCAGGUGCACUGCAGCCACAUCAACAAAAUGGCUUUCAGCCCCAGCAUCGGACACCCCAAGGCUAUCACACUCCCCAGGGGUAUGUACCCCAGCAGCAUCCUCAGAUGAUGCCAGGCUCCAUGCCAAGGCCACCUCAGGCCCAGAUGCCACCUCAAACUGCACAUCCACAGACACCCCCAACAUCUCAGCCAGUACCCCCUGUGUCUCAACCCUACCUGCCCCAUCCCAACCAGCAGAUGCCCCCUGGACUCCCUCACCAGCACAUGUUGCCACAGCAGCAACAAAUCACUCUGCCCCCUGCUCAGCAGAUUCCACCCCACCCACAGAUGCAGUUACCAGGUGGUCCCAGAGCACAGAUGCCCCCUGCAAGUCAGCCAGUGCCCCCAGUCUCACAGAACUACAUGCCCCCCAUUAGUCAGCCCGUUCACCCAACUUUCCGCCCACAGGUGCCUCCUGCCUCACAACCUCAUAUGGUUCCUGGUCCCCAGGUCCAUCUGCCAAGGGGCCCUGUGCUCCAAAUGCCCCCCAGUGCACUACCUCCACAGCAUCACCCUCACCCUGGACAACCACCUAUACCAAACAUUGUCCAGCAGCCCAUGCAGAUACCCACCCAACCCCAGGCUCAGCCCCCCCAUUCUGGGGCAGUAUGCUACCCUGGAGGAGCUCCGAUGAUGCCUCAGCAGCCCCUGGCACCACAGCCCACAGCUCCCCAACAACCUCAGACCUCUCUUCCCAUGACCCAUCCUCAGCCUUCAACUAUGUACCCUUCAGCUCCAGGACCUACAGUACCUCCAAGUGCCCCACAGCAACCCACUGCCAUAGGGCCACAUGGUGCUCAUGUUCCCCCUCCUCAGCACAUGAUCCAGCCCUCUCCUGGAGGUCCUUCAGCAGCUCAGCCACCAAAUGCUGUCCCUCUGUGCCCUUCCCUUUCCCCCUCCCCAUCUCCCUCUCCAGGUCCUACAUCUCUGGGUGUGAACCCCCAGCAGAGACCCACACCAGCCCCCACCCCUGGAGGCACAGCCCCACCCACUCUUCCCUCUCCUUCUGUCUCUCCCUCCACAUCGCUGUUUCAAUGCCAGAGCUCAAGCACAGAUGACCUCCUGUCCUCGAGCCCAGAGAGCCAACCUGGAGGGACCAAGGCACCCACCAAUGUCCUGCAACCCACCAAAGCUGACCCGCAGGAUGGGGAGCGUCGAAAAAAGAGCUACCAGGGAGUUCUCCUGAUCCAGGGAGACCCAUACCAAGCUCCGGAGCGUGUCGCCCGACUUUAUGUUGAACUGGAACAUUACCGAGCCCAAGUAGAUUCCCUGGAGCACCCGUCAGACACUGAGGGUGGUCUGUCGGUGCUGGAUGCCUGCUGGAAGAAGCUCCAGGACCAGCAGGAGAAGGAUGCCCGCCAGCUCUCCAUUGCCAUUGCUCGCUGCUACACCAUGAAGAAUCGUCACCAGGAUGUCAUGCCCUAUGACCUCACCCGUGUAGUGCUCCAGUCAGGCAAAGAUGACUACAUCAAUGCCAGUUAUGUGGAAGAUUUGUCGCCAUACUGCCCACGCCUUAUUGCUACACAGGCCCCGCUCACCGGGACAGUGGCGGACUUCUGGUUGAUGGUGUAUGAGCAGAAGGUGUCGCUGAUAGUGAUGCUGGUUUCAGAGCAGGAGCUGGAAAAGGGAAAGGUUCUGCGCUAUUUCCCAACGGAGCGUGGCCAACAGCUCUCUCAGGGACCAAUCACACUCAGCCUAACCACACAGAAGACCACAUCGACACAUGUGGAGCGCAUGAUCAGCCUGCAGUACCGUGACCAAAGCCUGAAGCGCACAGUUGUCCAUCUCCAGUUCACCUCCUGGCCAGAGCUGGGUCUCCCUGACAGUAAGAGCAACCUGCUGCGAUUCAUCCAGGAGGUUCAUGGCCACUACCUCCACCAGAGGCCCUUACACACACCUGUCGUGGUGCACUGCAGCUCGGGCGUGGGACGCACCGGUGCCUUCUGUCUGCUGUACGCGGCUCUGCAGGAGCUGGAGGCAGGAAACGGGAUCCCAGACCUCCCACUGCUGGUGAAGAAGAUGAGACAGCAGAGGAAGAACAUGCUACAGGAGAAGCUCCAUCUGAAGUUCUGCUACGAAGCCGUGUUGAAGCACACCGAGCAGGUCCUUCAGCGCCACAACAUCACUACUACCACCUACAGCAAGAACACCAACCACACAGCCACAAAGCCUUACCCGAGACAGGAGUCCCAGCAGGACAUUGUGCUCGGUGGUGAUAUGCCCAUCAGUUCCAUCCAAGCCACCAUCGCCAAGCUCAGCAUCCGGCCGCCCAGUGCCACAGAUCCAUCUAUAGAGGCCCCCUGUGGCCUGCAGGAGCAGGUCAGCAACAUCUUGCCUGAUCUUGACAUCCAGCCGUUCCAGGAGCCCUGCCCCCUUACAGAUCCCCAGCCCCCUUCCUCCCUCAGCCCACCUGUCUCCCCCCCUACCCACUCUCCACCACCACCACCCAAUGGCCUGGAUGCUCCCUGCCCUUCCACUCCACCUGCAGCCAACCACCAGCCAGGCCCAGGUCCUGCACCUAGCAUCAGCCCACCUCCCGCUUCCUCUGCUCCGACUCCUUCGUCUCUGGAGCUGCUGGCCUCACUGGCACCAGAGGCCUUCUCCAUGGAGGGAGGAGGCCGGGGGAAGCAACGGGUGACCAAGCAGAGCUUCCUGCAGCCAGCGGAGGGUCAAGGUCUCCACGGGACUCAAGGGGAUGGAGCACAUGACCCACUCAGUAGUUUGGACCCCCUCUGGAGCCUCAACAAGCACUAAGAUGAGUCUCUGCAUUUCUCUAAUGCUACCACCAGGUGUCAGCGGUGGCCUGGGGUCUUUCAAAUCCUGCUUUUGAGAAAAAAAACUGCAUCCUGGGAGUGCUGUAGGCUUUAUCAGUGUUGGGUGCCAAGAUGUGCCUGGUGGCAGAUGGUUAGGGGUCAGUUCUAAACUUGGGUGUACUUCCACGGCUUUAGGGGUGUGAUUCCUGAAACAAACACAUGCUUUUCUCUCUCCAUCACUGGGGGGCUUCUGGGACCAGAUCACUAUGCACUUCUCUGUAUUCCUCUUGUCGCUCUCCGCUGCUUUAUCUUACAUACGUGAUGAGUGGGACCUAUUCUGCACUUUCAGCACCAGAUCCGGGCCCGAACAAAUCCCAGCAUGCACUCCAUUAUCAUCGCCUCGUUAAGGCACCGCCAGGGUGUGAGGAGGGUGUUUGGCAGCUCCCUUCUGCACUGUCUGUGAUCAUUGCAAUGACUGGAGUAAUAAUGCAUGGAGCCGCAGGCUGGAGGAGCUGGGCAGAGCUGGGCAGAGCUAUAGUAAGACAUGACGACCCAUGGAUUCAAUCAGAAUGCGUCGCUCAGUCAUGGUAACAGAGCAGCAUACAAAUCAGCACGUUUUAACAAGCCAGUUUCUUUUCUUUGUAACACUGUAGAUAUCUUAAAUAAAAUUAGACUAUACCAAAAGUCCUUAUGGAGAAAAGUCACUAAUCAUUCAUUACUGUAAAAAUACAAAAAUAAAUCUGGUAGACAGACAACUGUUGUGGUAUUAAAGCCUCUUUAUUUGAAAAUUAGUACAAAGUCUUGCGGUUUUUUGUUACAAAAUAGUACAGAAGUUACCUCCAGUACUACAGCCUGUGUAAACUGUAGCCAGCCAAUGAAAGGAGGAGGGCAAAGGAGCAGACCUGGAGAUUGGUCGACUUAACUGUUGCAUAUUUUUGUUAUGUUCCACAGCUCUGAUUUUCCUGACAGCUGUUCGUAGGAACUGUUCCCUUUUCAGCUUUCACAACUCAAACGAGAACAGUGUGUCAAGGCUGCAUCCAGACUGUUGAUAUGGGACAGUGACAGUUGCAUGAAUGAAAGCAUCGGGAUAAAAAGAAGGUAUGUUUGAAGCUAGAAAGCAACAAGCAUGGUUUACCGAAAUAAAUUGGAGAGAAUCGUAUUCAAUACCUGACAAAGUACUGUUGGAUAUGAAUUGUUACGAGGCCAAAUCCAUGUGACAGACCAAAACAUUCAUGAAAAGACUAAGAUUCAGUUGAAACUGCUACACUAACCCUCCCUUAUGAACGUGCACUGUAUUUAACAAAGAAAAGAUAAACUGGUGGAUCUUACCCCAUAAUUAUGACUCAUAAUUAAGAGACUGUUUGAUCUUUUCUUGUAAUUAAUUUGUUAAAACCUGAAGACUGGUAGGCACGUUCUGCAGUGUUCCACCCCCUGCAUUAUCUCACAAUUAUGAGAAAUAGAUAUGAAUUAUGAGAUCCUGACCUAGUAGUUUAAAAUCUGUUUUUUCAUAAUUAUCAGAUAAGAUCCUCUAAUUCCUUUGCUUUGGUGAAUGCAGUGAGCUUCCAUACGCCUCCCUCAAGAAAAGCAUUUCUAGGAAUCAGCUUGUUGCUUUUUGGCAGUGUUAGCAGAAGUCUUACAACACAUCCUGUGACUUUAGGGGGUGCUGCUGCAUGGACGGUACUUAGUUUAAGUUGUUGCUAAUUCAGUCUUAAAGCCAGUGAAACAAAGGCCAACGACCUGUCAGUAUUUCAAUGCUGCAUGUUGUUCAAUUAUGACCUUCUGAUGAUGCCUGAUUUUUUUUUUGUGUGUGUGUGUUAUUCAGUCUUUAAUGUGAACAAGAGGAGUCCCAGUUACCUGCUAAUUACUGUACACAAUGUACACAUUGUUUGACUGCCUGGUGCAGGUCAACAGAAGAACAAUGUCAUGUUCUGACACUGGUCAUCAAACUGUGAACUUACUCUGUCAGGUGGUUGAACAAUGUAGCAUCUGAAUACUGUCAUCUCAGUCGCCUUUCCUUCAUCCAUCAGACUGAACAACAUUAACAACUACUACUUAAACAAGGUAACAUCCAUGUGGUUAAAGGCCCCUGCGGUCACAUUUUCCACUGGUCACAGAAUGUUGUGUAACAACUGUUAACACGUUUGGCACAGACUGGAAACGGAAACAGCUACUCUGGCGACACCAAAGGCUAAACAUCUGCCUCCUGGCAUCUUUAAAAGCUCAUUAAACUAACACUUUAUAUCUUAUUUGUGUAAAAAUUUAAACGCGCCCUGUUCUGCCAGUAACUCUCCGAAGCCCAGAAGCAGUCGAGCACAUGAACUCCUGUGGAACAGGUAAUUGUCAUUUUACACCUGUGUCUUGUACAGGAUGCUAAAAAAAGCUAACAUGUUACUCAGUGAGCUUCAGAAUAGCUUCUCCAUGGAUUCUGUUUCGCCGUUUCCAGCCUUUGUGCUAGAUUGGCUGCAACAUGAAAUGGAGUGCUAUCAAUCUCAUUCAGCUAGCUGUCCCACAGUGUCGGAAAACAAAGACAAAAACUAUGUGUUUUCAUUUCUAAAGCUUUCUUCAUCAUUUAAGUUACAUUGCAAAGUCUGGUGUUACUGGGAUGCGGGUACCGCCGCUGUCAAACUGAAUACUGACGCUGAAAGUCAGCAGUUAUCACCUUCAGCUGCCUGUUCUAUGCCAAAUGACAGCUGCUUGGUUGCAGCAUCCCGGUGAAACCAGACCCAGCACCUGGCAUCAACUUGGUUUGCGAGUCUAGUUGUGUCCACAUUCCCCAAGCUGAUGUUCGCAAACUACCUGGUGUGUGUGAGCACAGGGCUUAGAGAGAGUUAGUAGUGCAGCAAAUUAGUGUUGUGGUGCAAUACUGUAAAGGAUUUAGUCGCUGGUUUUUAACGGAUUUGUUCGCCACACUUUGUGUGAGUACAUUCAGUAGACACAGAUACAGCAGAGUUCGAGAAAAUACAUUCUGCACGUUGUUGGUGUUACGUGAGGGGAACGUACAGAACCUGCAGGGUUACGUUCUCUCAGCAGGCGUCCACAGUGAAGAAGGGAAGAUCAGGCAUAGACUAAAACAUUCUCCAGAAACUUUAAAGUAAGAACCACUUAAAUGUUUUUAGAAUAAAAUAGGAUGUACCGAGAUGUUGGUCGGUUGAGUAGGAUCACAGGAUAAACUUGAAACCUUUUAGGAACAGGAGACUGAUACAUGUAUCAUUCCUGUGGAUGAGGAGCAAGUGUUACUUUCUCUUAUAUGUACUAAGUUUAUCUUAAAUUAUUUUAUUUAACUUGGGAUCAGUUGUUUAGCACUGAAGAACUGAACCAAUUUUAUUUUAGAUCCUGCAGCUCCCACAGUAUUUACAGUUGUUAUGAAACAUUUCACUUAGUCAUACAGUGUACAUCUAAUCCAGCUGUCCUGUAAUAGAUCCUCCUCCACAAAGGUGAAGGUGUUCACACAGUCCCAGAGGUGGGCGUCACCUGUAGGAUCAUUUUAAAAGAUGUAGUUUGUGCUGCUGUUGAACUGUACUGUGUUACACAAAGAGGUUUCUGUCGUUUAACUUCGCCCCAUUGAUAUAAAUGGUGUGGGCACAACAGAAAUGCCUGUCAGUAUAACACAGCACAACUCAAAAGAUUCACAGACAUCUUCACAGUGAACGUGAACAUGAUCACCUUGAUGAAGGAGUUACUGAAGGACUGGUGACUAAACUGAAGUUGUUUUAGCAGUAACACUUUAUUGUACAAGCUGCGACUUGCAGCGUACUUGGCCCACAUUAAAUGGCCUUUUCCUCUCCUUGUUGCCUUUCUUCCUAUUUUCACUGAGCGGCUGCAGAAAGAAGCAGCAGGUUUUAAGACCAACUCCCCUUAGGCUUGCACCAACAACAUGACAGUCACUACAACAUGUACAUGGCCUGACGCUGGACAAAGCAGAGUAGCCAUGGAAACUGUUGAAGCUGAACCAGUUGGAACAAAUGGUAAGCUAAAA